CGUCGUUUCCGGUGAGCUGACCGAACACGUCUGUCGUCACUUCCUGCACAGCGCUAGAAUCGUCUGCUGUUCUGGUUAAGAAGGCCAAAUAGCGACAGAUCGCGUUUAAACGUGAUGGCUGCAACUCUGCGUUUGCUGUACUCCACCUCCAGGCAAGGGUCGUUUGUGACUGGCCAGAGUCUAGUUAGGUGCUUCAGUGUGUCCGGGCAGAGAGAGAGUUUUAAGUAUGUGAAUGCCCAGGAGGCUUCCCUGGACAUGAAGGCCAUCACAGACCGGGCCGCUCAGACUCUGCUGUGGACAGAGCUGUUCAGAGGGCUGGGCAUGACGAUGAGCUACCUCUUCAGGGAGCCUGCCACCAUCAACUACCCCUUUGAGAAGGGACCCCUCUCUCCACGCUUCAGAGGGGAGCACGCCCUCCGCAGGUAUCCUUCUGGAGAGGAGCGCUGCAUUGCCUGCAAGUUGUGUGAGGCCAUCUGCCCUGCCCAGGCCAUCACCAUUGAGGCUGAGCCACGCGCUGACGGCAGCCGGAGAACCACCCGCUACGACAUCGACAUGACCAAGUGCAUCUACUGCGGCUUCUGUCAGGAGGCCUGCCCCGUGGACGCCAUCGUCGAGGGCCCGAACUUUGAGUUCUCCACUGAGACCCACGAAGAGCUGCUUUACAACAAGGAGAAGCUGCUCAACAACGGAGAUAAAUGGGAGGCAGAGAUUGCAGCCAACAUACAAGCAGAUUACCUCUAUCGAUAAUGCCACACUCACGCUCACACACUCGUAUAUAUAUACACACACACGCACACUCUCAAAAACACGACAACGUCCAUACUGUACUUUAAGACACAUGCGCUUCAGUUGCAUUCAGGCAUUCGUAAAUUAUUGAAGUAAACAUCAAAAGUCCAGUCUAGCUUCGCACAUUUUUGCUAAACCCAACCUGUGAACCAUUUCAAGGCGUGGCGCAGUGCAGCAUGCACUUUGUUUGGGCAAGGUCUACUGCCUAUGAACUAGGUUAGGAGGCGGGGUUGUCCAUUUGAUGUAGCUAGUUAAGUAUGAACUGUUCUUAUGGCCCCUCGCUGGGCUCAUUCUGCAGCAUCGAUACCCAUGGUUUUCAUCAGGUUUAUUUCAGGAGAAUUGUAUAAAGGGUAAAAAGACUUGUGGACAUGUAAUGAGAAAAUAAACUGUUUUGAACUUACCUUUCCA